AGCAGAAGACGUAAAAAAGAGAAGACGAAAACGAAGAGGAAGUAGAGGAGGAAGAGGAGGAGUGGAAACCACGCCCUGAUGUGUUUCUCUCACAUGUGGGGCUUGAUUAGAUUAGUUUAGAUUGCUUGCCUUGCUCGCCUGAUUGCUUGCUUCAUUUCUGUGUCGGACUCUCUCCCUCGAGACCCACCAAUUUGAGGGGAGUUUUGUAUCCCGUGCUGGACUGAUCCCCAUUCAUUGCCCCUUCCUUCUACUGUCCCUCCCUGUUGUUCGAUUUGUCAGUCUAGAGUAGCAUCAACCAUGGCGCCGGAUCCGAAGGAGAACGGGGGAGCACCGGGAGAGCGGAUGGACCACGACGCAGUGCCGCCGUCGAAGAAGGACGGCGCGACGGGGCUCAACAAGAAGAAGGAGGAGAAGAAGAAGGAUGAUGAUUUGUCGGAAGAAGAUCUUGCUCUAAAGCAGCAGUUGGAACUAUAUGUGGAACGAGCCCAAGACUCAGAAGAGGGAAUUCAGAGAGCUGCUUUGGAAGCUAUGAGACAAGAAAUCAGGACAGCUACUAGCUCGAUGACUUCAGUUCCCAAACCACUCAAAUUCCUUCGACCUCAUUACAGAACUUUGAUAACACACUAUGAAAAAAUGCCACAUUCUGAACUUAAGAGGUUCAUGGCGGAUAUCUUAUCCGUACUUGCACUUACAAUGUCAGAGGAGGGGAAUAGAGAAAGCUUGCGGUUCAGACUGCAGGGCACAGUUGGAGAUAUCGGUUCAUGGGGUCACGAGUAUGUUAGGAACUUGGCUGGAGAGAUAGGCAAUGAGUUUCAACAACGGCAGGCUGCAGAUGAACCUGUUGAUGACUUGAUGGAUCUGGUUAAGCAGAUUGUCCCAUUCCACGUUAAGCACAACGCUGAACCCGAGGCUGUGGAUCUUCUAAUGGAGGUGGAUAAACUUGACAUGCUUAUUGACCACAUUGACAAAGCCAAUCACAAGCGUACCUGUUCUUAUUUAACCAGUUUUGCUAGUUAUGUCCCAGAACCAGAGGAUAUGGCAGUGUUGAAAAUUGCGUACCAACUAUACUGCAAGUUCAACAAAUUCCCAGAGGCCUUGCGAGUCGCGUUGCGAAUGGGCAAUAUUCAGUAUGUGAAACAAACGUUUGCAGCAUGCAAAGAUCCAUUAGAAAAGCAGCAGCUUUGCUACAUCCUUGGUAGACAGGGUGUAUCUAUCGAGCUCGAUGAUGAAAUGGCUGACAAUGAGGAGCAACGCGAACUACUUCAAGAACUCAUUAGCAAUAGCAAAUUGAGCGAGGGCUAUCUCACCCUAGCUCGUGAUCUUGAUGUGAUGGAACCUAAAACCCCGGAUGAUUUAUACAAGGCCCACUUGGUGGAUGGCCGUGCAAGUGCAGGAGCUAGCGUAGAUUCUGCUCGCCAAAAUCUGGCUGCCACUUUUGUUAAUGGAUUCGUGAAUGCUGGGUUCGGCGUGGACAAGUUAAUGACUGCUCCAGUUACUGAAAGCAGUUCUGGCGGCUGGCUUUUCAAGAACAAGGAGCACGGAAAGGCUACUGCAGCAGCGAGCUUGGGGCUUAUAAUGUUAUGGGAUGUUGAUGGUGGUCUUCCGCUGGUUGAUAAAUACCUGUAUAGCGAGGACAACCAUGUGGUAGCUGGGGCUCUACUUGCUGUGGGAAUCAUCAAUAGUGGUGUUCGCAAUGAGUGCGACCCGGCGUAUGCUCUUCUGUUUGACUCUGUCAACAAGAAAGACUUAACAGUCCGCAUUGGAGCUGUUAUGGGACUUGGGCUAGCCUAUGCUGGUUCUCAGAAAGAGGAGGUGUUGGAACUACUUACACCGAUACUGCAAGAUUCAAAGGUUGCAAUCGAUUUAGCAGGAUUUGCCGCUGUAGCUUUGGGUCUCGUCUAUGUGGGCUCUUGUAAUGAAGAUGUUGCACAAUCUAUUGUCCUCGCUUUGAUGGACCGCAGCGAGUCUGAGCUUGGAGAACCAUUGACUCGCUUCUUAUGUCUUGGUCUAGGUCUUCUGUACCUUGGGAAGCAGGAUGCUGCAGACGCAACCAUGGAGGUGGCUAAGACAUUAAAUGAGAAAAUUUCGAAGUAUUGUCUUGUCACUGUAGAGACCUGUGCAUAUGCAGGAACAGGCAAUGUUCUCAAGGUUCAAGCUAUGCUAAGCAUGUGUGGUGACCACUUGGAGAAGGGUGAUAAUCAUCAGGCUCCUGCUGUUUUGGGUAUUGCUUUGCUAGCAAUGGCUGAAGAGUUGGGCUGUGAUAUGGCCAUUCGAUCCUUGGAACAUCUUCUUCAAUACGGUGAACAGAACAUCCGGCGAGCAGUGCCGCUUGCUCUUGGAUUGCUAUCCAUUUCAAAUCCUAAGAUUAGUGUAAUGGAUACACUGAGCCGUCUCAGCCACGACAGUGAUUCUGAAGUGGCCAUGUCGGCUACAAUUUCUUUGGGACUUAUAGGAGCGGGAACCAAUAACGCCCGAAUUGCUGGAAUGCUUCGCAAUCUCUCUAGCUACUAUUACAAGGACCCAAGCCUACUCUUUUGUGUUAGGAUUGCACAAGGCCUUGUUCACAUGGGGAAAGGACUGUUGACUCUCAACCCUUACCAUUCAGACCGAUUUUUGCUAUCAAAUGUGGCGUUGGCAGGCCUGAUCACAUUUUUGCAUGCUAGCUUUGAUAUGAAAUCUUUCAUUCUUGGGAAAUACCAUUAUGUUCUGUAUUUUCUUGUGCUGGCAAUGCAGCCACGGAUGUUGAUAACUUUGGAUGAAAAUUUAAAACCUUUGCCUGUUCCUGUACGAGUUGGUCAAGCUGUUGAUGUGGUUGGUCAAGCUGGUCGCCCCAAGACCAUCACUGGCUUCCAGACACACACCACUCCAGUAAUUUUGGCUACUGGUGACCGUGCCGAGCUGGCUACUGAGAAGUAUAUUCCCUUGUCAACUGUGUUAGAAGGAUUCGUGAUUUUGAAGCUCAAUCCUGAUUAUCAGCAUGACCAUUUGAGUAGUUAGAUUUGUAGAAAGGGACCUCAUGCACAUAAUCUCAUAAUUUCGAAGGAAACCACGACUCAAAGUUCCUGAAUAUUUUCUCUACAUGGGUGGAGAUUUGUUUUUGCUAUGUUGAGUGUAAAAGAAAUGCACGAUUGCCGUGACCGACGAAGUACAUCUGACAUCUGUUCCUUCGUAUCGUUCCUUUCUUUUAUCAUUUGAUCAACGGAACUUUCAGUUGGCCCUGGGCCUGCGUCGCUGUUCA